AGUAGAUCACCUAGCCUUCUGAAUAGCAAUAGAGCCUCGAGGCAGAAAAUUCAUCGGUCCUGCUCUUGUUCCUCGAGAAAGAACGGAACUGUUUCGAACAAAAGAAACUCGAUCGGUUCGUACACAAGCAUUCCAUAUCGUCGUUGCACUUCGUAUCGUACAAGGGAAAGCACAAACGAGAUUAGUAGCAUCUAGGCACUUCGUACAAAUGACUUCUCAGCGACCGAUGAUGUGUAACUUUGCUUCGCAAGAACUCGAUUUUCGUAUUUGUACUACCUGCAGACCAUGACAAAAAUGAUAACACUUUCCUGAAACCUCCGCAGUAUUCCAACUUGGACUACGCCCCACUUAUUUUCCCACCAAUUUAUUAUCAUUUCCACCUCGUUUUCACGCACGCCAGUUGCACGUCGCAAUUUUUUUGCCGCGAAAAGACCCCGGUACAAAGAAAACAACGCGAGUAAAAUCUUCGUGCAACGACCGAAGUAAAAAUUACAAACCACAACCAAUACUGUGUUGCUUCACAAAAGCACAUCUGCGAUUCUGUGUAGUACGAGACAACCAGAACUACCAGCGGAGGAGAAACAUCAGCGGUUCGGUGUAGAAGGCGCGCGAAAAAGAAGCAACCCGGCCGGAUCAGACGGAGGCCGUGGCGAGAAGAGAGACGAGAGUAAAGUUUUUGAGCACCUCCCGCUGUAUAGAUACCACGGAAGAGACGUUUUCUCCCCGAAGAUGUCCACGUACAACGCAGCGACACAGCACGCCACCGUGCAGGGAGCCGGUAUGGGCGUGAAAAACCAGGUGGUGGAAGAGUGUGACGGCGUCCCAUUCAUCAGGCCAAGGUACCUAGGAUGAUAUAGAACUGUCGUUUGUGUUUCUUUGUAGUUUUGAUGCAGACCACCAGUCGCGGCGCGGCGCAGUUCACAUGUGUCUUUCGCAGAUAAGUGUGGGUCGAUGCCUAGAAAAUAAGCUCCACCUAGUUUGCAGCCUCUCACCCAUGGGAGGUUCUAGCUACGGUGCGGACUUGUGCCAUGAAGAACAUGAGGAAGAUGAUGUGAAAAAUAACAGGUAUUACGGCGAUGUGAACGCCAAGCGAAGCAGAGACUACUGGGACUACGAGAAUCUUGCGGUGAACUGGGGCAAUCAAGACGACUACGAAAUCGUGCGCAAAAUCGGCAGAGGUACGUGAUUUUCCAAUUAACAUGAUCGACAGGGCGAGCAACUUUUACGACUUGCUGAAUGUGCUAGUUUCAACAUCUUACUUCUUCGCAUGCCUUGUCCUGUGUGAGACUGGCACUGCAUCUAAGGUUCUUGUACUAAGCUUGGAUACAAAUUUUACGUGUACCUAUACUAGCAGCUAGAUGUACAUAAUAAUGACUGGCCGCGCGCGUACCAACCCAACUAUCCCGGUAUCAGGUAAAUACUGCGAGGCGUUUGAGGGCAUCCAUGUGAAGACGCAGACGCAGAUUGUGAUUAAAAUCCUGAAGCCGGUGAAAAAGAAGAAGAUUAAAAGGGAACUGAAGAUCUUGCAGAACGUGUGCAGCGGGCCAAACAUCGUUAAACUGCUGGACUACGUGCGGGACAACCAGUCAAAAACACCAUCCCUCAUCUUCGAGUACAGAUUCAUUCAGACACAACUUCUUCUUGGUGUGAUUUUUUUAUACAAUGAUCGGCACCAGAUGUUCUGAACGCAUGGCAAACUUGCUCUUUGAGCCAGGUUGUAGUUCUUUCGCGAUGCAAAUUUUCAACAUCCAAAUAAACUCUUCAACAUCACAGGUAUAUCAACAACAUCGAUUUCAAGCAGCUCUACCCGACCUUAUGAACUGCAAAAGUGUCUGGGUCUGGAAGAAUGCAGGAGUUUGUGAUGCUGAUUUUGCAUGACCCAGGAUUGUGUGUGAUGCAUGCCCUACCAUCACAGACUUUUAGAACCCUUCCUGAUGCCUACGGCGCAUGACAAAUGCCUUCCCCGCGUGGCACAAACUAGACUCCUCUUGCUGGUCAUGCAAUACAGAUUUUUUUAGAGUCCCAAGUUAGCAUCACAAGUUCCAACCUGCUUCCAGACCCAGACAUUUUUGCAUUUGAUAGACCUUCAAGGACUACGAUAUCCGGUUUUACAUCAGGGAAGUGCUCUAUCAAACAAAAAAAGUUCGUCACGAUCACUCGUGCGCAUUUUCGCAAUACAAAACUUUCUGUCAUGCGUAAAAAGGCAUCAUAGCCAAACUUCACUAGGGAUUUCCCUAGUGUUUCUGCAAUACAAGGAAAAUUUGUGAUGCUAAAAAAAUUUGUAAUGCAAAACCUGCAAGCUAAUGACUGUGACAAACUUUUUUCUCUCCAUAUGCUCCGCGCCCUGGAUUUCUGCCACUCACAAGGCAUCAUGCACCGCGACGUCAAACCCCACAACAUUAUGAUCGACCACCAGAAGAGGCAACUGCGGUAUGGAGUUUUCGCUGAUUUUUAUGUUUAUCGUUCUACAGCUAGUACGUACGAAAGAGUCUCUAUUCCCCGUGUCACGCGCGUAAAAAAUUGGGCACUUGCGGCUGACAGCUCUGUCAUGAUGCCCACUGCGCGAAAUCCUAGCAGUGAACACCAAUGUAGUUUGAAAAAAAACGGCACUACAGCAAGUAAAUCGAUUUUGCUUUCCACACAACUAUCUCAGAUUGAUCGACUGGGGUCUUGCGGAAUUUUACCACGUGAACACGCCGGUGAAUGUGCGGGUGGCCUCCCGGUACUACAAGGGCCCAGAACUUCUGGUGGACUACCAACUCUACGACUACUCUCUGGACAUAUGGUCCCUCGGCUGCAUGUUCGCAGGUAAGGAGAAAUCUUGUUGCCAUCCCAUUGAUUUAGAGAUCAGGAAUUUGAGGUUUUGGUCUCGGCGAGGAGACUCCGGAAUCGGAUGAGUGCUGCGAUGGUGGGUACUACGUGAGUAGUAUUGAUGUAUCACAAAAAAUGAUUACAACUUCAGGUAUGAUUUUCAAGCGGGAACCAUUUUUUCGAGGCAGCGAUAAUUACGAUCAGUUGGUGCGGGUGGCGAAGGUUCUCGGGUUUGACGGGCUGCAGGCUUACUUGAGUAUAAAAAUUUGGACAUGUUUCAUUUAUGUACCGUAGAUGUUCAGAUUUUGAUGUUCUUGGUUCGUGCAACUAGGUCUAGCCGCGGAAGAAGAAGAUUUUUGGAUGCAUCCGGUCGUGGGUCACAUUAAAAAGAAAGAUGAAAUUCGUCUUGCAUGACUACUAUCACUACAGACAAGUACCACCUGGAACUGGACCAACACUUCGACGACCUUCUGGACCGAUUCCCGCAGAAAUCCUGGACCAAGUUUGUGAAUUCCGACUGCAGCCACCUGGCGCACCUGGACUCGAUCGACCUCCUGGACAAGAUGCUGGUGUACGACCACUCGCAGCGCAUUCUCCCCCGGGAAGCGUUCAACCACCCCUACUUCAAACCCGUCGAAAACGACAAGGGCGGGGCGAUGGAAAGUCAGCCGCCAACGAUCGCCGUCCAGCCCUACACGGCGCCGGUCAAGCAAACCGCGUGAUGACAACGAACAACUUCAUCCACCUCGAUCAUCAUGGGUUUAUUUUGAAGAACCAAAAGAACAACGAACCUAUAGCAGUAGCCUGGACUGCGGUAAGCAACAAACUACAUCUUCAUCCGUAGCUGCCGGACAAUCUAAGGCUUAGAGUCGAACAGAUUUAAAUCAUCAGCUGCCGACAAAAAUCACAAUUCACAAUCUACUAAACAGGAAACCAGACGAGAAACAAAUUUCUGAUCGUAUUUAUAGCUUUUUCUUAUUUUUCACAUUUUAUAGCAACAAACUCUCUAGGUCUAGUAUCGUUCUCACCUUUUGUAAUAGUUUGACACCAGAUUAUCUCAGUUCGACCGAGCGAAUCAACUUGAAAAUCGACACAACUUUUCAUCCAAAAAAUGCUUUUUCGACUUCGUUUCUACAACGACAUCUUCGCAGUUUAUUUGAGACUAUAUAGCAGCACAUCUUCAAAAUUGUUCGAAAAUACAGAUAAAAUUUGCUGUAUGAAGCUUUCUUGUUAGACAAGUAGGAGUUCACGUUCAACACGUGAGCGGCACGACAACACAGUAGUUUCUCGAGACUAUAUAGCGGCGCGCGCAAAAGAAGUCUUUGCGAUCUAGGAAAGAAAAUUCGGACACGAGAACAAGAACGAUCCGAGUGCACGGCUUACCAAAGAAAAGUUUUCAUCACCAAAAAUUAUACGAUAUUCCUCUAUCCUCGGCAAGCGGGGGCGCUCAGAAUAGUAGAAUGCUUUCUAAAGUUUUACGAGCACGGGCGGCCUUUUGACUUUACGUAUCAGAUUUUUUUCAAAUUUAUCACGCAGACGAACCAUUCGAAGAAACUUUUCGUUCAGCACGCAAUUUUCUUUCGCACUAAAUUUUUACGACGACUCAGCAGUUGAUGUUUCUAGGAUGGUCUCAACAUCUGCUGUUAUAAUUUCUCUGUAGUAGCGUGAGGGCGUCACGUUAUCAUCGCUUGCAAUUGCAAUUAUACACGAGACUACAGGAAAAUCUUUCAGGUUUCAAAAUGUACAACAUCAACAGCAAUAAAUAUUAGUCAGUGCAGCUACAAGCACGGCGUCGCACAGCAGCUUUUCGAAUCGAUUUAUUGCCAGCUAGCCCACAUAGAAAACAUGCGCCAUAUCAGGAACAUAAUCAGACGGCAAUAAUAAAGACGGUGCAGCUGCAGCUACUGAGAAAGCAAAAUUUUGCUGUUAGAUCUCUCGAAAUUUAAAGUGAAAACAACUACGUUGACUAGCAGUAAAAACUACGCUUAGUAGUUCGCGCCGGAGAAGUAAAAAAAGAUACUGGAUAGUGGCGCAGGAACAAACUCGGGAAAGAGCAAACCUAUAUCAGCAAACUAGUAAAUGCAGAACGGGUAGAGUUCUAGUUCUGCAGUAGUUGUUUGUCAAUUAUUAAUUUUUCAAUGUACCAAAAAGCUUUUAUCACCUGCUGUACUAUAGCAUUGGAUAGAAAAUUUUUGAGUAUAAUAGAAAACGACUCUGUAGAUGAUUAUGAACUACAGGGUUGCUUCGCAAAAAAUCAUGUUGUUUUGUACACAACUUUCUUUGCGACUGCGAUCUUGUUCUUGGGCGGUUGUAUUUGGAAAAGCCACCUACAACCGACACCGUAGCCGUAGAACUAUCCUUUUGCUUCCAAAUUUGUACAUAUAGGCUUGACCGCUUUAUUCGAAACAAGCGUGAGCGAUUGGCUCAACGAGGAAAAACCUCUCACGGCAAAAAAACCAAGAGAAUUAUAAAGCGACCCAGUUGAACAAGUACGCGACAACCACAGAAUUUGCUUCUGACACGACAUUGAAUCUCACUUGUAUGUGCCCUCGGUACCGAUAGUGCAACGACGUAGACCGCGACGUCAACUCGUCGCGAGGCCAAAAUUGCUGUGCUGCUGCUGUACCAUAACAUUUGUAGGAAAUUUUUCUCUCUGCUCAAUGAAAGUAUGCUGAGAUGAGAUGUGGCAGAAGAACAAAGUCAGUUGUGAUCGGGUAGAAGUCACUAGCCGACUAACAGCCGAACGUCGAU